GAGCGUGUGCAUGUGGGUCUCUUUCACCCUCACCCGCUCCUCAACACGCUUGGGAUCCUAGGGCUUGGCGACUUUCCCCCGGGACCCCUCCCCCCCUGCACCCCUCUGUCUGUCUCUCUCUCUGCGGUCUCCUCUUCUCCAGCAGUCACCAUUUCGGCUCCCGGCAGACCCACGCUGGCUGCCCAGCCACUCCCGCGCCUCAGCCUGGGCAGGAAGACCCUGGUGGCGGCCGCCGUAGGGGUCAUGCUGGUGCUGGUGCUGGUGGUGCUCAUCCCCGUGCUGGUCAGCUCCGUGAGCAAUGACAACAGCCACUAUGAGAUGCUGGGCACCUGUCGAAUGGUGUGCGACCCGUACCAGAACAAGGGCACCAGCACGGGCAUCGCCAGCACCGGCUCUUCUGUGCAGGCCGAGGCCGAGGCUCUGGCCGACCACAGCAACAUGCCUCCACCCUCCACGCUCCUCCAGGGGCCACAGGGGAAGCCGGGCCGGCCAGGCAAACCGGGACCUCCAGGGCCACCAGGGGAGCCAGGGCCCCCGGGUCCGAUGGGGCCCCCGGGGGACCAGGGGGACAGGGGCCGAAGCGGGGUCCUGAGUCUGGGCAAUGAUGGAGCUAUCAGCACGGUUACAUACAACACGCACCCACGGGUGGCUUUCUACGCGGGACUGAAGAACCCACAUGAGGGCUAUGAGAUCCUCAAGUUCGACGAUGUGGUCACCAACCUCGGCAACAACUAUGAUGGCACUUCGGGCAAGUUCAUCUGCAGCGUGCCGGGCACAUAUUUCUUCAUCUACCACGUCCUGAUGAGAGGAGGCGACGGAACCAGCAUGUGGGCUGACCUGUGCAAGAACGGACAGGUGCGAGCCAGCGCGAUCGCUCAAGAUGCUGAUCAGAACUAUGACUACGCCUCAAACAGUGUGAUUCUGCAUCUCGACGCCGGCGAUGAAGUCUACAUCAAACUGGAUGGCGGCAAAGCCCAUGGGGGCAACAACAACAAAUACAGCACAUUCUCUGGCUUUAUUCUUUACGCCGACUGAAUAUGUGAGCGCAGAGGAAAAGCAGUUGGAAAGAAAGAAAUAUAGCAAAGGGAAAGUGGAAGUGAAGGAAGGAACAUUUAACAUCCCAGCGCUUAAUUUGACCAGGAUCUCUCCAUUGCUUCAGCACACAUUUUGACAGAAAGAGACUCAGUGGAACGAGGGUUCAGUAGCUCCUCGUCGAAUCACCUUAUUGAUUGAUGAAAGACAAGGAAAUAAAGUGAUAAAAGUGACGUUUUUCUCUUUCGGUGUUGAAAGGGCAUUAAGACUCCAAGAGACACUGGCAGAAAUCUUUAAACUCAUCCUCAUGUGACUUUCCUCAGUAAAACUCUUUUUGCCCACAGAUAUCUAAUGUUAAAAAUAUCACUGACAACCUGUGGGAAAAAGUAUGUUACUUUCGAAGGAUAUAUGAAUCUGAUGACAACUUAUGUGUUCAAAUAGUUCUAAGGCCUGUGUCCGGUUUCUCCUUACCUCUAUAUUGGACACAGCACCCCCUGUUGGCUGUUGUUGGUAACUGGUUUCCAUCUGCAUUCUUUCCGUAUGUGUUGUACUCUGGUGGGACUGCAGUAGCUGAUGAACGUUGUGAAUGAAUGCUAUUCCUUACAAGCACUUGAUACUCAAUUUAGACAAUUGGUACUCUGCUACUCCCGCUUCCCUCGACUCCUUUUCUUCCCUGUCAAUUAGCACUCGACCCUAAUACCGCUCCUCUCACUCACCUCCUGCCCCUCCAGAAACACCAGAUGACUUAUAAUAGUCUAAACUCUUUUAUUUUGAAUGAAAGAGACGGCUUAAAGGAUGCUUACGUUUGCUUUGGUGUUAGUUAACUUACUGCAGAUUGAAUGGAGAGCCUGCCAUGAGCACAUAAACAGAAUAUUUUUCUCAAGCUAAAUGUAAAAAAUACAUAACAAGUUCAAAUAAAAACAUAACAAUAGACUUUGGCAAACAUUCUGUGCUUAAAAAGUAUUGAUUUUGAAGAGGGCUGGAGGAGGAGUUGAGGUGCUGCUGGGAGGCUUCACUUGUCACUCAAUCAUUCUUGCUAACAAGUGCAACAACAUGCAGAGCGAAUAUUUACACGCUAAUAUUUUAUUCCGGUGGGGCGAAUGAAUGUGAGAAGAUUUUGUUUAUUUGUAAGUGUGCACGUUCGUUUGUGAGUGUGUUUGAGCGUGUGAGCGUGUGUGUGUGUGUGCGUGUGUGUGUGUGUGUGUCUGUACCAACACCAGAGCAUGAACUACAGUAUAUUUAGUCUUUGCCACAUUACUGGUUUGAGAAAUGUUCUAUGCUUUAGCCGGUCAAAGAUGUGAUAUAGAGCCAAUGAGAUUGCAUCAGACACGUUUAGCUAAGCCUCUACAGAGAAGAUAUAAAAGAAACAAUAAAGCUGUAAAUUAAAUAAAUCUAUGCUAUGUUUGUCAGUCCUACUCUAUCUUUUGGAAAUGUUGAAUAAAUUUAAAUAACAAA